AUGGCAAGGAACGAGCAGGCGGUGGACGAUGAUUCUUCCAUCAUUCUGACCGCUAAGCGGGACUUGCCGGCGACGGUCUGCUUCUCUCCAUUGAAAGCUCAUGACCAACUCCUCGCAUUCAUUGCUCACCAGGUACCACUUUUGGAGAAUACGUAUUACUUGGCAGUCCCCUUGUCAAGGCCUCCCGGCUACAUGUGA